AUAACAACCAUAUCUCUAACUCGUUUUGAAACUGGAUUUGACUGUAGCAUCACCUAAUGUCAGCUAGUUGACCAAGAGCCAACUGCUUUUAGCUUAGCACCGCUAGCCGGUCAUGUUAGCAACACAUAGUAAAAGGCGGCUGCUGAGGAGCUAAAGGUGUAUUUUUUAUGAAAAAACAUCACACACGAGUGAAGUUGUUUUGACUUUUAACGCUCCGUGUCAUAUUUCCCAUCACAGUCAGCAGCUGUGGCUCAGAGCUGACCCUGACAUGUGUCUGUAAAUACAACUUAAAGCUCCAGUGUUUAAGUUUUAGGUCAAAGGGAUUUAUUGUCAGAAAUUGAAUAUAACAUUAUUUUCCUGUUGUUUUCAGUCUUGUGUUUCAUCUAAAUUGUACGAAUUGUUGUUUUCUUUGACUUUAAAUGGGCCCUUUGAAUUUAAAUUCUUUAUAUUUACAUCAGGAGCGGGUCCUCUCUACGGAGGCCGCCAUGUUAUUCCCAGUUGUCCAAACUGGAAAAACUAAACACCUUUUUUGAGUUUUUAUGGCAACUGAAGGCUACCACAGGUUCUCUUUCAUGUUUGGAAAGGGAGGGCGAGGUGAGGGGCAACAUGGAACUUUAACACUAGAUGUCAUUAAAUUCUAUACACUGAACCUUUAACUGUUCAUCAGUGUCACACAGCGACCAGUGCACAGGCCCGUCCGUCCGUCUGUGCUCUGAUGGUUGUGCUCGGGGUGGGACAGUCUGUGUUUGAUGUGUCAGCGCUCAGGUCCCUGACAUCUGCUAUCUGUGCAUCAAUUUGUCAACUGGGGAGACAUUUUGUCCCUCGGAUGCUGACGGGCAACAACAACAACAACAACAAAGUGGUAUCCCGGCUGGACAUGUUGGCCUUGAUCUUGACUCAUCCUCGUCUCUCACACAAACACCACACACACCGAACACAACACAAAACACACACACACACACACACACCAAGUCAUGUCUCCACUUUAGAGAGCAUUACAUUUACUUAUGUUGACUUACAUUGAUUUCCCGCAGACCUCAACCAUAGUUACUUACUUCUUGCCCAACCAGAUCAUAAACCUUAACCUAAACUCCAACCGAAACUUUAGUGAUCAGUUAUUCAAUCACCAACUAUUGUAACUAACACAAAGUGCAGCUAUUGUAAAGUGUUUUAUUGCAGCUUGCUUAUUAUAGCACAGCUUGCAUGCUUUCCUAUUAAUACAAAUAGGAUUAAACUUUAUUGCCCCUGGCUGUUUGUUUGUCAGUUUACACAAAAUCUACUGGACGGAUUACCACAAAACUUGGCGGAAGGACGUGGUACGAUCAGGGAAGAAUCAAAUAUGUGCAAUAGAUAAAUGGAUCAGUAAUACAUUAUUGAUUUAGGAUUGUAGAUCCAAAUAUAUUUUAGUGAUUCAAAUAAUUGUCAAAGUUGUAGGGAAGCUCUGGUGACACAAAGGCCUUUAUUUUAUUGAUCAUGAUCAAAAAUCUUUCCAGCUCCACCAAGGACUUUUAAUGCAACAGCUCCUGAUGCCCGCAGGCUUUUUAAAGUUGGUUCUCAUGCAGUGCUUAUGUUCUUUCCAGUUCAAGUUGUGUCGGCAUCACACGGCUCUGCUCCGACGAUACUCACAUCCAGGCUCAUCGCUCCAAGCAACCAGGUUCUUCAGUUCCCACAGGGAAAGUAAGCGCAGAGGGUUGCUAUGGAAGACACUUGUUGGGGUCUCUGUGGGCGUACCUGUGGCUCUGGGAGUCCAGUAUGCUCUGUCCGAACCCAGAGAGAGGAGGAAGAUGAGGAUUGUGAUUGAAGGACUUGGUCGCUUCUGCAGAUCUCUUUCUGUGGGACUGCUUAUCUCUGUGGAUUACUGGUGGACCUCCAACGUAGCUCUGCGUGGCCUGGACGAGAGCAGCCCAUCUUACCUGGCCGAGAUGUCUGCCUGCCACCAGAGGGCGGCAGACAACAUGGUGGAAGGCGCCGUCAGGAACGGAGGAAUAUACAUCAAGCUCGGUCAAGGUCUGUGUUCCUUCAACCACCUCCUGCCCCCCGAGUACAUCCGCACCCUGCAAGUACUGGAAGACAAGGCCUUGAACAGGAGGUACAAAGAGGUCGACGCUCUCUUCCAAGAAGACUUUAACAAAGCCCCAGAGCAGCUGUUUAAAACGUUUGACCCUGAACCUAUAGCUGCUGCCAGCCUGGCACAGGUUCAUAAAGCAGAACUGUUUGAUGGGACUCCGGUCGCUGUGAAGGUGCAAUACAUUGACCUCAGGGACCGAUUUGAUGGUGACAUCAGAGCGCUGGAGAUCCUGCUGGAUAUUAUUAAAUUCAUGCACCCCACGUUUGGGUUCCGCUGGGUUCUUAAGGACUUGAAGGGCACAUUGGCCCAAGAGCUGGACUUUGAGAACGAGGCCAGGAACUCCGAGAGGUGUGCGAAAGAGCUGACCCACUUCAAAUUUGUCGUUGUGCCCAAAGUCUUCUGGGAGCAAACUAGUAAGAGGGUGCUGACGGCAGAGUUUUGCAACGGUUGCAAAAUUAACAACGUGGAGGAUAUUAAGAGACAAGGGUUGAGUUUGAAAGAUACCGCAGAUAAACUGAUUCGAACGUUUGCUGAGCAAAUAUUCUACACUGGUUUCAUCCACGCUGAUCCUCACCCUGGAAAUGUUCUAGUGAGACGAGGGCCCGAUAACAAGGCAGAGUUGGUGCUGUUGGACCACGGACUGUAUGAAUACCUCAGUCAACAUGAUAGAGUGGCUCUUUGUAAACUGUGGAGAUCCGUUGUCCUGCGAGAUGAGGCGGCAAUGGCGAAGUACUCAAAUGCACUUGGGGUCAAAGAGUACCUCCUCUUCUGUGAGAUGCUGCUGCAGCGACCCAUCAACAUGCGGGAGUUCGGACUGUCCAACAUCCUGAGCCGCGAGGAGACGACCUACAUGCGCGACAUGGCCGUGCACCGCUUCGGGAGCAUCAUGCAGGUGCUGAAGUCGAUGCCGAGGCCCAUGCUGCUGGUGUUCAGGAACAUCAACACAGUGCGAAGCAUCAACAUCACACUGGGAGCGCCGGUGGACCGCUACUGUGUCAUGGCAAAGAGUGCGGUCCGAGGGUGGGGGAAGAUCCAGGCAGAGAAGGCAGGGAUCCUGCCCCGGCUCUGGGUGUUCAGCUGGGUCAGGAAAACGUGGGAGAGCCUCAAGUUUGAGCUGGCGUUGAGGUCAGAGAUGGCGAUGAUGAGUGUGACGCGCUCCCUGCUGAGCGUGCUCUCAUACUUUGGUCUUCUAUCUCUGGACGCCGACAUGUAUGAGUACCUGAGGUAGUGCACGGCUACGCCACUUUGAGGCAACCGAGGACAAGGACCGUUUUCCAAGCACAACUUAAUGCAAUCCAACAAGGAGCCUUUUCUCACUGGCAGCUCUGAGUGUUCCUCACAACAAAUAGCAUUUGGACCUGAUGUCUUCACAACAGGCGGGGACAUAUUGAACUUCAGUGUGACAGUGAAGUCUCAAACCUCUCUCCAGAGUUCCACAUUUUGAAAAUGCCUAUUUUAAUGAUUUUUAAGUUAAAGAAAUUUACUUUUAAUUUUCAGCUUGUUUAGAGCGUAAUCAUAGUUACAUUUAAAUUAAAAUGUCAAACAUCUUUAAGUGCAUUUCAUGUUGUUUUUUAGCAGUUGCAUCAUUCUGGCUAUGCAACAAAUAAAACAGGAUCCCUUAAGUAAUGUAUGCUUAUUCCCAUUGGAGUAAGACACUUUGAUUUCAAAAAGGUUAAAGAUAUUACGUAAUGUUCAACUUUUACUAUACUGUGCAGGUUUUAUCUUUCUAAAUAAUAACAGCCUCGAUUGUGUUGAGUUUGCUUUUCACACAUUCAAAACCCAGCGGGAGGUGUUCUGCAGACGCCUUCACAACAGCAACAACACCUUUUAGCGUUAUUCAGGCAAGAGGUGGAACAGCCGAGUGAAGCAGACAGAGACAGGAAGUGACGCAUUUACUCCGCUGCUGAGAUCAUGUGAUUUUGUUUACAGCACCGAGACACUUUGUAUGUGUCUUCUACGUGUAUACUUGGCUGCGUCUGUAGCUUGUUUGAAGUGUCAUCAACCCCCCCCCCCCCCUUUCGGAGUCUGGUGCAUGUCUGAAAGCAGCUUAAGUGAGUGUGACUCAUAAUCGAUGGGUGUGGUCUGAACCCACGAGUGCGGAUGUAUCUCGAAGUGAACUCGGAGAGCAUGCACCUCCGCCAAGGCAAACGCCCUGUUCGCAAUGUUAGAGGCGGGGUUGGGGAUCCUCUGGAGGUGGGUUGAUGACAUUUUUAAAACACAAUGAAAUCAAAUGAAUUGAUUCGCCGGUGGACGUUUCUAUCACUAACCAACCCUUCCUCUCACUGCGUACUACUACUGUCUUAAGUCAGAGAGACAUGCACCGCUGGAGCAGAGACGAUGACCAGAAGUUAGCACAGAAAAGUUGUCUUCUAGCAGUUGUCAAUGCACGUACGUGUUUUGGAGAGAAGCUUUGACGAGGGGGGGCCGAUGGGGCUUCAAAAGAUUUCAUAGAAAUCUGUUAAUGUUAUGCAUACUGACUGCUCAUUGGUCGCAACGUCAACAUGUGACCUCACCAAAUGAUAUCUGUUUGAACCUUAAAUAAAUCUUCUACCUCCUG